AUGGAAGCUUACACAGCAGCAAUAUCAUCAGUUAUUUGUAACAGCACAUAUUUUAAACUUAAUGGUUCACAUUUGUGUAAUGAAAGCAUAUCAUCUAGCUUGUCUGAUAAAUCAGACGAACAUGAACAAUAUGUUAUUGGGCUUUUCUUAUCAUGCCUUUACACUAUAUUCCUUUUCCCUAUUGGCUUUGUCGGAAACAUUCUGAUUUUGGUUGUUAACAUAAGUUUUCGUGAAAAAAUGACUAUUCCAGACCUUUACUUCAUAAAUCUUGCAGUAGCCGACCUCAUUUUAGUUGCUGACUCCCUCAUUGAGGUUUUUAAUCUUGAUGAGAAGUAUUACGAUAUCACUAUUAUUUGUACUUUCAUGUCUUUGUUCCUUCAGAUCAACAUGUAUAGCAGCAUCUUCUUUCUGACAUGGAUGAGUUUUGACAGAUAUAUAGCACUUACAAAAGUAAUGAGGUCCAAUAUAUUUCGCACCAUGCAACAUGCUAGAUUAAGCUGCGGCCUCAUAUGGAUGGCAUCAAUUUCUGCAUCACUGGUGCCAUUUACAGUUGUGCAUUUACAACACACUGGAGAGGUCUACUUUUGCUUCGCAGAUGUGAAAGAAAUCCAGUGGCUAGAAAUAACGUUGGGGUUUAUCAUCCCCUUUGUGAUCAUUGGUCUUUGUUACUCGUUAAUUGUUCGAGUUCUCAUAAAAGCGCACAAACACAGGAGUCUUCGAUUACGGCGGCAAAAGGCUCUUCGGAUGAUCUUUGUAGUUGUCCUCGUUUUCUUUAUCUGUUGGCUACCUGAAAAUGUCUUCAUCAGCGUUCAGCUUCUUCAAGAAAAAGGACAGCCAGCUUCAUCAAGCAGCCAAUCUUUCAGGCAUGAUUAUCCCUUAACAGGACAUAUUGUAAACCUGGCAGCCUUUUCUAACAGCUGCCUGAACCCCCUAAUUUACAGUUUUCUAGGUGAAACUUUUCAAGAUAAACUACGGUUGUACAUUGAGCAGAAAACUAAGAUGUCAACAUUAAAUCGCUUUUGUCAUGCUGCCCUAAAGUCUGUCAUUCCUGACAGCAAUGAGCAAUCAGAAGUUUAA